GUAACAGUUGAGAAUAUGUCCGUCGAUAUAUCGCUCUUUGCGCUUAUUGUUUUGUGUGCGGGAGCCGGCGCCUUUCCUCAAGGUGCCACUGCCGAAACGUGCGAAUCCAUGAUUCCUCGACACGUUACGACGAAACCUUCAAAAAAUUCAAAUUCUCCUUAUACGUUUGUAGCCUCUUCUAAUCAUUAUAACGAAACGUCGAAAAAAAUAAUUGUCGAUUUAGGAGGCGCUCCGUUUAAAGGUUUUCUCAUAGCAGCGAUCGAUCCCGUUACAAACGAGAGAAUCGGAACUUGGUUAAAAAGCCAAGGAAUGGAUACAUUACCGUGUUCCGCCGUAACUCACACUAACGCUAGACCUAAAAUUUCGGCUACUCUAAUAUGGACCCCGCCAUCUAACAAAAAAAUAGGGGAAGUCAUUUUCUUAGGAACGAUAGUGAGAUCAUUCGAUACUUAUUAUAGUAAUCUUUUAGCCGCAAUACCUGCGGAUGGAUUUUAUUUGCCGAGAUUUAAACAUACAAAAAGAAAUAAUACAGUUUUUCAAGAUACAUCUUCACAGGCAGAAGAUAAGUUAAGAUAUCAUUCUGUGUAA